UGAAGAGUUUUGAAGAAAGCUGACUUUGCGACCGUUAGUUGCUCUCUGAACGCUAAAGCGGUAUACACUGCAACCGAAGGUGUUUGUCCAUGUUAAAAAUGUUUCAUUAUGAAGUGUGUAUUAUAUCUGCGCUAGUGAUGAUUUUCAGCGCAGCGGCCGAUUCUAGAAGACUCGACUAUCCGUUUUUAAAUAAUAAGAAUUUUGACUGCGGCCCAUACGGCUUCACCUGCGAAGGGCAGGCGAAACUGAGACUGUGCGAGGGACCAAACCUGUUCGGGCCCUCGUUCCUCUGCCCCCCGGACACUAUCUGUAACGAAGACUCCAGCGACGUUUGCGAAAACGCCAACAACUACAUCGCGCCAUCUUUCGGAAAAACAUUACGCUGCCACAGAAACGAAAGAAUUGCCGACCCCAGCGUCCCCGGGUGUAAAGGCUACAUCCUGUGCAUCCCUAACAAGAACCGUUUCCAAGGUAUUAAAUUUAAAUGUUCGGGGACCACCAUUUUCAACGGUUACACGCGAACCUGCUCCGCGCCUGACAAAUACACGUGCCCAAUAGCGAACACUACUCAGGCGAAUGAUUAUUUCCUUGAAAGUAACAGGAGAAUCGAUACUCGGCACGAUGUUGAAUCGGAUAAGAAGCCAGCAUCGGCAGCGCAUCGGCCUCGGCCCAUAGACUGCAGGAACUACAAGUUGACCGUGACGCAGGGGCAGAGCCCGGCGAGGGCGGCGUACUUCUGCCCGUCGCGGCCGGUGCCGGGCGAGAGCGCCGUGCGCUGCACCGUCUUCUCCAACCAGUUCUGCAUCACGCUCGAGAGGUACAACGAGGACCAGUUCGUCGAAAGCUCAAGAGCCGCUUACCGAAGGCCGCGGUUCGACUAUUUGGUAACGGAACUCGAUAAAGAUAUCACAAUACCAUCUUGAAAAUGCAUAAUAUUAUAUAACUGAAUGCCUGUCCAUGUCCAGGUCCUGCCAUUAUGAGAUUAUGUUGUACCUAUAGUAUAAUGCAAAUAUUUAUGUAACAUUUAUUUCUGACAUAGCGUAGCAAGGUAUAAUUUCGAUUGUAAUGUAAGUCCUUUAUGAAAUUUUUCAGUACAGAUGGUGUUUUUUUUUACGCACUAUUGCGAGGAAUGGUUCAUUAUUAUGCCAGGUCGAAACUUCGGAGGGCCAUCUGUACUGAAAAACGUCAUAUGAUACACGUGCGAAAAGGAAAUUCGUAACUCGUGUCGAUUUAAAUUUAUCGCAACUCGUUUCGAACUUGCUUUUUACGCACUUGUAUCGUAAUAUUCGAAAUGUACUAUUACAGGUCUCAAUUAAUUUGUGUUUCAUUUAUUGCUUACUAAUACAAAAAUAAUAAUGUCUAGUUAAGAGAAACUAUGAAUAGGUACCAGUGGCGGGGCGUCGAUACAACUCGAUUCCCUACGGGUUCCCUAAAAUUCUCUUUUAUCUGUAGAAGUUCAUACAAAACAGAUCC